AUGUCAGGCUCGGGCGAGCCGCCUCUCGCGACCGUUAAACACCGGGGAGCGUGCGCGCGCCCAGCACCUUGCCUGCGAUUGGCUGCUCGGCAAGGGGGCGGAGACAGCCGAGCGGCGGCGCGCGCGUGCUCCCCGCCCCUGAAAGAUGGGAGGGGCUGGGCUGCGGUCACAGUCUCGCUUCUGAUUGGCUCUCUGGGACAAGCCUUCUGCCACGCGGGAAAGACGCUUCCGCUUCUCGCAUGCGCAGUUUGUAAGAACGAAGUUUCCGCAGGGGAGGGAAGCCACGCCAAGAGUACUGCGCGUGCGCAGAGCCGGGAGCACGCCUGGGAACCCCUUUUCUGCGGAGACUGGUCCUGUCACCCGGGUAAAGGCCUGGCGAUCAGCUACCGGAAAGAGUACCUGAGUGAGAACCACCUGCAGGGCACUGGCUUAGAUAAGAGGCAGCAGACGUGGUUAGCCCGGCCCCACGGUGGACCCACUCCGCCUUGCAGGUGGCACAGGCCGGCCUUGGACCCUCUGCAGGCAGCCUGCAGGACAUCGGCCUCGCCCCUCUGGUCAGGGCGGCACACCGCGUCCUCCAUGGGCUCCUUGGCUUUAUUUCUUCCCCUCCGGGUGUCGUCCUUGAGCAAGGCCGGUGCGGGGCUGCAGGGCCUCGGGCAGUGGGACGUGCUAGUGCGGCUGUCCCGAGGUAUUGCUAUCACUCCGGGCCAGCUGGCGGACAAGAAGGGCCAGCCUGCGCUGCCCACGCUGCAGGAGAGCGAGCUUGAAGAGCAGUUUGUGAAAGGCCACGGCCCCGGCGGCCAGGCCACCAACAAGACCAGCAACUGCGUGGUGCUGAAGCACCUCCCCUCGGGCAUCGUGGUGAAGUGUCACCAGACGAGAUCAGUGGAUCAGAACCGAAAGCUGGCUCGGAGGAUCCUGCAAGAAAAACUGGACGUUCUCUCCAACGGGGGGGACAGCCUGGUCCAGAGAGAGAAACGAGAGGCCACGAAGAAAAAGCAGGAGAGGAAAAAGAGAGCCAAGGAAACCCUGGAGAAAAAGAAGCACCUGAAGGAAUUGCGGGAAGCGAGCGAGAACGCCCAGGAGGGGGGCUGA